GCCGCUCGGGGAAAAAAAAACGCGACCGCGACCUUUCAGAGCUGGAAGCGGCCCGAGUCCGUUUUGUUAUGUGUGUUUAAAAAUGCUUUAAAGAUGCUUUAAGAUGCUUUAAGAUGUUUUAAGAUGUUUUAAGUGUAUUUGUGAAAGACAACAGAACCAAAAUGCUUCGUUGUACGCUGCUGGUUUGCGGCAGAGGAGUCGCGAAAAGGUUCUCCUCGUCCUUCUCCAAUGAGAGCGCUCUGCCUCCCAACUUGCUGCUGCCCACCAACCUGGUGGAUCCUUCCAGACUGAAGCGACCUCCUCCUCCCGCAGACUGCUCCCUGCCUCUCCUGAGGAGGUGCGACGCCGUCGUCCCGGCCCACCUGAGCGCCGUCCGGGCGUGGGUGGAGACUCUGGAGCGGCCGGACGAGGAGCCGCUGGGUCUGACUCAGCUCCACCCGGACGUGUUCGCGGUGCCCCCGAGGCUCGACAUUCUCCACGAGGUGGAAACGUGGCAGAAGAACUUCAAAAGAAUCAGCCACGCCAACACAAAGAUCAGGUCAGAGGUCAGAGGUGGAGGCAGGAAACCAUGGAAACAGAAAGGAAGUGGAAGAGCUCGUCACGGAAGCAUCCGAUCACCAUUAUGGAAAGGAGGCGGGGUGGCCAAGGGGCCCCGAGGGCCCACCAGCUACUUCUACAUGCUGCCCAUGAAGGUCCGAGUCCAGGGACUCAAAGUGGCUCUGAGCUCCAAGCUGGCGCAGGACUACCUCCACAUCGUGGACUCCCUGAACGUCCCCUCGCCCGACGCUCAGCUCCUGCUCGACCUCAUCCGGCAGAAACACUGGGGCGAGUCGGUGUUGAUCGUCGACGUAGGCGAAGAGUUCCCUGAAAACAUCCUCCAGGCAACGGCAGGUUUGAAGACGGUGAACAUUAUUCCAGCAAUUGGCCUGAACGUCCACAGCAUGCUGAAACACGAGGCCGUGGUCCUCACGCUGGAAGCGGUGAAGUUCCUGGAGGAGAAGCUGCUGUGGCACGACCAGCGCUACUCGCCCCUGUACCCGUACAAGCUGCCCUACGCCGACCUCCCGUAGACACACACACACACACACACACCUGGAAUAUGUUCUGUAUGCGUUUAUUAUGUGAAAAAAAUACAAUAAAUAACACCAUUUAUAUAUUAAAAAAAAACAACUUAAACAAUGCAGUUGGAUCUAAAAGGCUUAUUGGGAGCUGGACUUGUGUGGGAGGAGCCUGUUGGCGAGGUCGUUCCUGACCUCCCAGCGGAGCGCCGAGCGCUUCUUGUCCGUCGGCACGAUGUAGCCGUUCGGCACGAAGACCCUCCGCGGCUUCGCCUGCAACGAGACGCCGGUUGAAUGAUGGGAUGCAGAAUGUUGCACAUAUAUAUAUAUAUAUAUAUAAAUACUUAUAAUACGGACGAUAUUGGAGGGGGUCACUUACCGGUGGAGGUCGGUAUGCAAGUCGCUCCUAAAACGAACAGACAGAAAAAAAAAAACAUUUUGUAGCAACGA